AUGAGGUUCGUUUUAGUUCCUGUUGUGCUGCUGCUGGUGGCAAGCCCAACAGCAUGGGCUCGAGAUUUGCCCUUGCAGGACAUCCUGGAUGAUGUACCCGUGGACGUCCCGGAAGUUGCCGGCUAUGCUACUGGAUGCUCCAUUCGACUUAACGCGGCCGAUUUGCCACAACCGCAGCCGUUGUUCCUUAUCCCCGGUACUGAGCAAUUCCGCUAUCCAGCGACUGAUAGCGGUAUUCUGACGCUGAACGCUGGUGAGUCAGUGGAGCUGGCGUGUCAGGCUGGGUUUUCGCUGUUCCCUGAAGUAACGUCGAUCCAAGCGACAUGUGUGAUCGACGAUCAGUUCAACUACGACAGCAAGAUGUACGGCUUUUGGGAAUUCAGCUGCACGGCGAACUGGCGCAGCGUCGCCCGACGAACGGCUCGCAGCUGUUACAACGAUGCGACGAUCGUCGAGAUCGGAUUCGAGUUAGGUGCACGAUUCCCCAAGAUCCUUGACGUUUGCCACGACGAAGUGACUUUCGACAAUCACUACCUUGUGCAUGAGUUCACGCCAGCCAAUGCCGGCUUCCAAACGGGGGUGGCUCGCCCAGGUUGGAUUCAGGGUAACUUCUACUCGGGCGUCACCGUCAACACGUUGUACACGGUGAACAUGCAGCGGGAGACGAUCGCCACCAUCCUGAGCUCACAGGCUCGUGCGGAUGAGCUCGUGCAAACGACAAACAACGGUAUCUAUAUGGCUCGCGGCCACAUUGCUGCUCGAGCUGAUUUCGUUUACGCUACGCAGCAGAACGCCACCUUCUGGUUCCUGAAUGCCGCUCCUCAGUGGCAGAACUUCAACGCCGGUAAUUGGGAGCGCAUCGAGUCGUCGGUUAAGUCCUUUGUGGCGUCUCGGAACAUCCACGUGCGUGUAUACGGAGGAACGUAUGGUGUGCAGACCCAGGCUGACGGAAAUAAUGAUCAUCACGAAAUUUGGCUAGACUUUGACCCGAACGGACGUACGCGUUUGCGAGCACCGAAGGUGUACUACAAGAUCCUCCACAACGAGGCCCAGAACUCGGGUAUCGUGCUGAUUGGUGUCAACAACGUACAUAUCUCCAUAGAGGAGAUCCGCCGAGACUACAUCUUCUGCACGGACGUCAGCAGCCAGAUCGGAUGGAUCAAUUGGGAUCGGGAAAACCUCGCUAGAGGUUACUCGUAUGCGUGUGAGGUGAACGAGUUCAAUCGCGUUACUGGCCAUUUGCCGCAACUGAACGUCGCUAGCCUUUUGAUAUAA